AGCAGAGCGGCCCGUUCUACGUAGUGUCAUAUACCCCAGCACGGGCCGAGUGCGCCCAGUGAAUAUUACCUGGGUGUUAUAAAUCAAGUACAUCGUCAAGCUGUGCUGUGUAAAGGACUUUAAGUAUGGAUGUUUUCUUACAACUGACGCUGUCCAUGCUGUUGGUCAGUGUUGUGGUCAACUCCGGCCAAAUACACCAGGCACCAAGAAUCGUUCAAUUGCAUGUCCGUUCUGAGGUGAAGAUGAGAUUUGCGAGCACCUUGGUGACUAGCAAAGUUGCCAAUCCUGGCGGAGAAGCGCGCGAGGCAACGUUCGACGUCACACUGCCAAAGGAAGCGUUCAUUACAUCGUUUCUUAUGGAGAUAGAUGGCGUUACAUAUCCCGGAAAUGUGAAGGAGAAGGAAGCAGCAUUAAAACAAUAUGAGAAGGCCAAGCAGACAGGGCAGAGCGCUGGACAUAUCAGUAGAAGACCUAGGGAGACGAAUCAAUUUCAAGUAUCUGUCAACGUCGCUGCUGAAAGCAAGGUGACCUUCAACCUGACAUACCAAGAACUACUGAAGCGUACGUUUGGAUACUAUGAGAACGUGAUUUUCAUUGACCCCGGACAAAUUGUGGACGACAUGCGCGUGUUCGUUGUUGUCAAGGAGAGCAGACCUAUAGUGAAGUUCCGAGUACCUCCAGUCAGUAAUGAUAUCCCUAACUCUCUGGACACCCCGGUUGGAGAGGAGAAUGUCACCAUCGGCUACCCUGACCCAAACACUGCCUACGUACUGUUUGUGCCAGACGCAGCGGAACAGAGGAAGAGAUCCGAGCAGGGCAUAUCCGGAAAAUUUGUCGUUCAAUACGAGAUUGAGCGAGAUUCUGACUCUGGAGACGUCCUGGUGGUAGAUGGUUAUUUUGUACAUUUUUUUGCACCUGACGGAAUCGAACCCAUGCCUAAAGACAUAGUGUUCUUGCUAGACGUUAGUGGGUCGAUGCAAGGCAAGAAACUGCAACAGGUCAAGGAGGCAAUGAAUCGUAUCCUAGAUGAUAUGGGCGAAAGCGACAGGUUCAAUAUCCAACUGUUCGCCAGUAGUGUGAAAUCAUUCCGAUCGACGCUGCAGAAUGCCACGGCCGGCAAUAUCAUGCGCGCGAAAGCGUAUAUACAACAAGCAAGAGCAGAUGGAGGAACGAACAUCGACUACGGAUUAUCGGUAUCCCUUAAAGUCCUACACCAAGCCUUCGGUAACAGUUCAUCCAGGGCACAACUUAUCGUGUUUCUGACAGACGGUGACGCUACAACCGGUGUCACGAGCGCGCCCAAAAUUCUCAGUAAUCUGAAAGGACGGAAUGGAUUAUCGAUACCAAUAUUUUGUCUUGCUUUUGGUAGAGAUGCCAACUUUAACCUCUGUAAAUCGAUAAGCUUAACAAACUAUGCUGUGGCGAGGAGGAUAUACGAAGAUUCGGACGCGUCCUUACAGAUCAGUGGAUUGUAUGAUGAAGUGUCGAGUUCCUUGCUGAAAAAAAUAUCUUUUAGUUACCUUGGAGACGCUGCUCGAAAUGGAAACAUAACUACAACAAGCUUUAACAACUAUUUUGCCGGAUCGGAAUUGGUGGUAGCCGGACAACUUGAAACCACAAAUGUCAGUUCCAUAGACAUUGAAAUAAGAGGAAUUGGAUCUACUGGUGCCAUAGAUUUUCUGACAACUACCAACUCUAUUGAAUUAAAUAUUCCGCCUUCCUCGAACACUGAUAUCACAAUCGAGGAUGACGUCACGAUCGAUCACAGUAACUCUGGUCCCGGAAGUGAGGAUAUAGUACGUAUCUCCGACCUUGACCCCGCCGUAGCCCGGUCUAUUACAGAGAAAAUGUGGGCUUACCUUACAAUUAAGCAACUGCUCACCAAGAAGGCAACAACAGACGAUAGAUCAGAGAUAGAAAUUCUCCGAAAACGGAUUCUCGAGCUGUCUCUAAAGUACCAAUUCGUUACUCCAUUGACGUCCAUGGUCGUGACAAAACCAAACGAAGGAAGCCAGCUGAGCGAUUUAACAGAGAGUGACGGCUCUCGUCCACAACCAGCCCGGCCGAUUACAACGCCUUCAUCUCGGCGAUAUGUAGGAAGAGGUAGCAGCGGUGGUGGAGGGGGACGAAGAAGAGGAGGAGGGGGCGGCGGCGGUGGCGGCGGUGGUGGUGGGGGCGGCGGGCGUGGUUACAGUGGUGGAGGAGAUCCUCACUUUGUUGUUCCGAUUCCGGGAGUAGAUUUACCUCUGUGCUUUGACGUGGAGAGUGAGGCGAGGACAUACAUCCGUUUGCUGGAGGACCCCGUUAACGCUUUGGUUGUCAACGCUGCAAUUAUUCCCACUGGCAUACUGCGGAAUGAUAUGAAACUGAAGACAUAUAUGGGCGAGAUAUUCAUCCGCGCUGAAGGCACUAUUAUCGUCGUGACACCCCGACAAAUAAUCACGAAUUCAAGUUUCACGGAAUGGACGGACGGAACACCAGUUUCCAAGGGCAAUUUCCUCCUCCAAGCCAGUGACGAUGGCAACAUCCUGACUAUAAUAACCGGAUAUGACGUCAUUUUAGUCAUCAGGAGGCAUAUAUCGUCACUGGAGGAGCCAAUAGAUUAUUUAAACAUCCACAUAGAGAGCGAUAAAGGGCUGUCCGAUAUCGCUACAGGGAUAUUGGGUCAUUUGGUAAGGAAGAAAAUUUGGCUUAAGAAAAUUGUGGAGAAGAACGGACGAACAAUAGGCUUAUUUCGGGUGAAAGACAAAGGAACCGUUUCUCAUUUCCAUGCACGUUUACAUAUGAAACAUGACUUGAUUUCUGACGAGGAUUACAUGUGUUGGAAUGCUAUACACAACAUAGAUGGACUUUUCAAGGACAAAUUGAAAACGUUUGUACUUAAAGGUUUUUUCACUUAAUGCAACGUGGAAAAGUUUGGUCGAAUUGAUUUUCAUGUAAUACCAAACACACAGCAGAUUGUGAUCACUGCAAAGCAUUUCGUUAAGCGAUUCCAUAUACUCAUGAUUACGUAUUGUCGCUUUUGUCGGAUUUAUCACAUUGGUUAUUUUGGAGUUGAUCAUUAGUUAGAAUGUGUCUGUGUGUGUAUUGAGGUGUCUAUGGAUGUAUGCGCGUGUGUAUGUAAGUGUAUCAUUUCCGACUACACAUUUGAAAUAUUUUUGUUGUUGUUUUUAUUCCCUGUUGAACGUGUGUACCUCUUGAGAUUCCGGGAAAUCUUGUGACUAUGUACAGAGUAAUCUUUCUUUAUGUGAGCCGCCUUAGUUUUUUUCUCUCGAUCAGGCGGACUAUUUAGAUCGUGCACCCACCAUGAAAACAGAUUUAUUAAGUUGAUAUUUGAUAACAGCAUUUGCCGAGAGAAAUGGGGUAUGGAUUGUUCAGAGGUGUGUUUUUACGUGUCUGUAAAUUGGAUAUUCUUGAGAUAAUUCUUCUUGUCUCCGGUAACCUCACACAGGUUAAUUUUUUUUGACAUUUCAGGGGAAAAGAGAAUUGCUUUAAAAAAGCGAUAUUGAGUACAAGUACCUACCGAAAACAAUAUGGUGGAGGUGUGAACGACACUUUGUAAUGUAUGUGAUAAUGUCAACAGGAUGAUAUAAUUAAGGAUUGAUUGUCAUUUUUUAUGCUUCUAUGGACUGAUGAAGGGGAGUGAACCUCGUGCUAAUGAAGUGAACUGAGAAGUAGCUCGUGUACUAUUCGCCUUCAUCAGUCCAUGCAAGAAAAAUUGACAAUGAAUCUUUAUUUUUAUGUUUACCAAUUAGAAAUUCCCGCCGUCAAAGAUUAUAAGAUACGGUAUGACGUAGGUGCGUCACUUUGUAACAUUAUUAUACUUAUUAUACAUGUGUGCACAUAGUCGGAACAGCAGACAGUCAGCUACUCUCGUCGCCACGGCAACACAAAAUAUAGUGCCAAACAUGUUUGGAAUAUUCAUAUCAUCAAAACAUUUAGUUCGCAUUUUUUUCGGUGUUAAACGAAUAGACGUAACAGCCGAACAAUUAAUGGAAUCGCCUAACAGCUUAUUCCAAUUUGGCGGGAAAUGUUGUCAACUACGUUCAGGAAUAAAACAAUUUAUCUACAUGCAUUUUCAAAGUUACAUCAUCUUUUUCGGAGUCUGUAAGAUAUUUUUUUUUUUAAAUCAUCGGUAUAUCUUUGUUAAUUCCAAUAUAUUCCAUUCAUAUUUUAUUGAGAGGAAAAGUCAAAUAGAAACGAAUAUAGUCAUUGCACAUUCACACUAAUUUCGCAUGUGUGCAUCGGUCAGGCUAUGAACAAUGUAUUCCUACGCGUCAAAUUGAAUGUUUACACAUUUGUAAACAAUGAUUUCGUUAUUAAGGCCGAGAUGUUCGAUGCUCCCGAUCACUAAAAAAGCGCAACAAUGUGGAUUUUAGUCUCAGAUAAGACCUAGCCGAGGAUUAAUAUGAUAUUUUCGAAAUAUAGGAUUUAAUUGUUGCAUCGGGAGGGAUGUACUCAUACGUCAGCUGUUCCACUUAUGUUUAUAUACAUGUAUAGCAAUGUUACACAAUUCACAAGAUGAGGGGACAUUCAAUUCUGAGGCGGUUGAAAAAACUAGAUCGCCAAUGCAAGCAGUGAAUGUAUCGUCAGAAGCACGUGACCCAAAAUCUUUAUCGGGAAAUGAAGUAAUCUGUGUUUACUAAUUUCAUUGCGGCGGACAAAAGUGAAAAUGUAAAUGUAUGUCUUCUUGCCGGUUAUGCUUGAAUACAUGUAGUUCUACAACAUGACAUUAAACCAGAUUUUUUCUAAAUCUUAUUUUUAAUUUAGUAGACUAUGGAGGGAAAAUAAUUGGUGCAUGAGGUCAUACAGUAUCAAUUUACGGGUCAUUGGUGGGUCAGUUAUUUAUACAUGUACGUCAGAUGAAGUUCAGGAUUAUAACGGAUAUAGGUUAUAGUUUAAAGGUUAUUAGGAUUAUAAAGGUAUUCAUCAAAUCAUAAAUCAAAUAAUACAAUUACAUUAUGCCUAACCAUUUUGCACGCGACAUCCUAAUGUUUAUGUUUGCUGCUAAGAUCUGUUUUCGCUAUUUAUCAUAUUCGUCACUUCUUAACAGGUACCCUAUGAAGGCGUCAUUACGUCAUUACUUUUUCAACCAUACACUAAACAGUACAUGUCACGUGACCUGUUUAACUACUGA